UCGGGUGAUUUGGAUUUUAACUUGUUUUUAUUUAUAAUUAUUAAUAAGAUAAAUGUUAGGUGUUAUGAUUUGCUGCUUUAUUUUUAGUGUUAUUAUAAUCACUGUGUAAUAAGAAUUAGUACAUUUAAGCGUAGCAUUUCGCUGUUACGAUGACUGACGUUGAAGAUGCUAAUAUUGUUAAGUCAAUCGAAGAAAAUAAAAGCGCAGAGAAGUGUAGCGGUAAUAUAAACAUUAAAGAAGAAGGAGUAAUUGUUAAGAAAGAGGAUGUGGAAUGUAUGCUGUGUGUUGAGCGAUGCGGAGAAGUUAUUGAUAUUAAUACACGGACUCACGCUGGAACCCUGUUACAUGAGUAUCUCGCGAAGUACACACAAGUAGACAUUACAGCAGAAAAUACUUCUAAGCAAAUAUGUAAGAAUUGCUUUGACCUUGUAGAUGUAUUAGAACAGACAGAAGUCGAGUAUCUUAAAUUAAAAGUUACAUUUGAAGGUAUUAUUAGUAAAAACCCACUAUUUGAUGCUCAACUGUCUUCUGUCGACGUAGUAAAGCGUGAGAAUAAUCUACAAGCAAUAAACCAAGACUCUUCUGAUUCAGAAGAUGAACCCCUUUCAUUAACGAAAAAGAAAAGAAUACCAAAAUCUGUAACACGAAAAAUCCCUGAUACCCACCUUAAUAAAAAGAAGACUGUUAAAACAAGACGUAAAUUAAAUGAGGGAAGCUGGGAGUGUAAAGAGUGUGAUGAACAAGGCAAUAAGGGAGGUCAGGCUGGACUGGUUUCACACAUGCUAUUAAAACAUAUGGGUCCACUACAAGAUGAAAUUAUAAAAAAAGAAAACAAUGACAAAAGCCAUGAUAUUGAGCUUGAUGAAAUGUUAAAAGUUGAAGAUGACGGGUUUGGUGACAAUGAUGACGAGGACUACAUUCCUGAACCUGAAGUUGAAGACAAAAAUGAUGCAGAUCGUACAAAGGGAAGAGGGCGAAAGAAAGGUGCACGCAAUAAAGUAAAACCAAAGAAACACUUCUAUUGCGAUAAAUGUCCGUCCAAAUUCACAUCGCCUGUGCGUCUAGAACAGCACAAUAAAAGACACGAGGCCGAAGGAAAGCCGCCCUUCAUUUGUGAAGUGUGUGGGGCACACUAUAAGCACAAGAGGGCGUGCGAUAUACACGUAGCACUACACAAAGGUAUAAGUGACUGGAAAUGUGAGGAAUGUAACAAGUUGUUCCCGUCCAAAGGCGCGCUGCAGCGACACAAUAAUAUUCACACCGGAAAACUUAACUACCAGUGCGACCUCUGCGGCAAGUCCUUCAUUCACACUUCGUCCUUCAAGAUGCACAAACUCUCCCAUUCGGGCGUAAAACCCCAUGCGUGCGAUGUGUGCGGCCUUGCCUUAAUGACGCGUUCGCACCUCAAACGCCAUAAGCGCGUACACAGCGGCGAGAAACGUCACGAGUGCGUACUUUGCGGAAAGCGGUUUUCAGAACGGUACAAUUUACUAGCGCACGCAAAAUCACACGAUCCGCACGCAGCUAAUCCAAGUCAUCAGCCGGCAACCGAACGGCGUCGGAUGUUCCGAUGUCCGUACUGUCAAGAGCGGUACGAGAGGAGGUAUUUGCUGGAACGCCACGUGUCGACAUCACACGGCCGAUCGUUGGAACGGCCACCAGCAACGCCCCGAAAUACAAUGAGUAAGCUGCUUAAGGCACAGGCGCAGAGACGAGCUGCAGCGCCUCUAACGGAUGAUACAUACAAUUCGGACACAAAAGAGUCGCAAAGUCCUGAAGCGCGUUCUUCGCCGGCCACGGCGCACAAACUCACGCAAAACACUCCAGCGGACCCGAUCAGUGCCUGGACGAACGCGUACGCUGCGGAAUUUGGUUUAAGACAGGACUAUGCGCAAUGACGUCACUAAUCCAAUUGUGACAUCACUAAUCGUUUCAAUACCUCGUUCUAUUUCGUCAUAUUUGUCUUCCUAUUGCCUGAAAAUGGCCGUUUAAAUAUAUGACUUACUUAUAUUGGUUUCAAUGACUAAAUUACGAUUUUCUCUGCGGAUUAAAGAAUGGUUGUCGAAUGAUAUAGAAAUCGAUGUUUCGUAGUUACGGCUCGUAUUUUGGAUAUUGAAACCGGAUCUGAGAGGUUCGUCCUAUAUUUAAAUCGGUUAUGCUGUUAAAAUAGUGAUAGUCUGCGAUGUGUUUGACUUUAUAGUUUCUGGUAAUUCAAUAUUUUUGAUCUCUAGUUUUAUGAUUUGUAAAAUUAUUGUCUUUUCUUUUAAUAUUGUUCAUUAUGUUUUAUUUUAACGUGUAUAUGUAAUAAAAAAAAACACUCUAAAGGUCAGCCUUUAUGGUAUGUAAAUAAUCAGUUAUUUACUAAUUGAGUAUUUUAGGUCAAAUUAAUACAAGCCACAGACUACAUAUGUAAUGUAAAUAACACUUCCAUCACAAUUAUUGAUUUUUACAUUUUAUUAAUGAUGUUAGUUACGUCUGGCUGAUGGUAAUGAUUUAUUUAUGUUUUGGCAAGUAUUGCAUUAUAUUAAAUAGUUAAUAUUAAUAAUUGUAAAUAUAAGUAGAUUAAUUCUUUAUU